UCACCCAAGUUCAGGUAGGCCAUCACACCUGCCCAGAACUCACAUCCACCUUGCCUCAUCCCAGUGUGGCCCCCUGACGGGGUCCCAGCAACCAGCAAGUCAGAACUUUCUGGCCCACGGUGCAACCCAGUGAGAGCUCUGAGGACUCCCUGAAGUGGACAGAGGAACAAGUCCUCGGCUAAGAUCCCCUCCCCGCCAACCGCCAAGGUAGCGCAGCCAGGGGUAAGAGUCAAGCGCAGAGGGGCGAGUGUGCCGCCGCGGCCAGAGAUGUCCACAAGUAACCCCCCCAGUGCCUUCCUGGACACACCGUCCAGCCCCUCGGGCCGCUUUCAGGUAAACGUUGUGGCCGAGGGCCCCGAGGGUAGCUCUCCGGAAGGGGCCCUGAGUGACCCUCCACACUACGAGGAGACAUCGUUUGGGGGCGAAGCGCAGAACCGGGCAGCGGGGGGCUUCCGCUUCGACGGCUUCUUGCCGCGGCCCGACGGCAGCCUCCAUGCCUCCGAUGCGCACGGUGAUGCCUGCUACCUGCAGACCUUCGGCCGCAACACGCUGGACGCCGUGCCCAGGAUCGACUACUACCGCAACACGGGCAGCGUCAGCGGUGCCAAGCUCAGUCGGCCCAGCCUGCAUGAGCUGCACGAGCAGCUGGCCAAGAAUGUGUCCGUGAGCCCAGGCUCGGCAGACAGGGUGGGCAACGGAGACGGACCGACCGGGGACAGCCCGGCGGGAGGGCUGGAUGAGGAUGGUGCUGGCAACUCCGUGAAGUUCGGCUGGGUGAAGGGUGUUCUGGUUCGGUGCAUGCUGAAUAUCUGGGGAGUCAUGCUGUUUAUCCGUCUCUCCUGGAUCGUUGGCCAAGCUGGGAUUGGUCUUGGCGUUAUCAUAAUUCUCCUUUCCACCACUGUCACCUCGAUCACGGGACUGUCCACCUCCGCCAUUGCCACCAACGGGUUUGUGCGAGGAGGUCUAGGAGUCAUCAUUAUCGGCCUGAGCGUGGUCGUCACAACACUGACCGGUCUGUCCAUGUCCGCCAUCUGCACCAACGGGGUGGUGCGUGGAGGCGGCGCCUACUACCUCAUAUCCCGGAGCCUGGGCCCCGAGUUUGGGGGCUCCAUCGGGCUGAUCUUUGCCUUCGCCAAUGCUGUGGCCGUGGCCAUGUAUGUCGUGGGGUUCGCCGAGACCGUCGUGGGGCUCCUGGAGGACAGUCAGGCCCUGAUGGUGGACAAGACCAAUGACAUCAGGAUCAUCGGCUCCAUCACCGUGGUGAUUCUGCUGGGGAUCUCAGUGGCGGGCAUGGAGUGGGAGGCCAAGGCUCAGGUGAUUCUCCUCAUCAUUCUUGUCAUCGCGAUUAUUAACUUCUUCAUUGGGACGGUCAUCCCCUCCAAUGCUGAGAAGAAGUCGAGGGGUUUCUUUAACUACCAGGCCUCGAUAUUUGCAGAAAACUUUGGGCCCAACUUCAUGGAUGGGGAAGGUUUCUUCUCCGUCUUCGCCAUCUUCUUCCCAGCUGCCACAGGCAUCCUGGCUGGAGCCAAUAUUUCCGGGGACCUGGAGGACCCCCAAGAUGCCAUUCCAAAGGGCACCAUGCUGGCCAUUCUUAUCACCACGCUCGUCUACAUCGGUGUGGCCAUCUGCCUGGGGGCCUGUGUAGUCCGAGAUGCCACGGGAAGCGUCAAUGACACAGUUACCAUUGGGCUUAGUGGUGCCUGCAACGGCUCAGCAGCCUGUGGGCUGGGUUAUGACUUCUCCUCCUGUGGAAGCCAUGGCUGCCGCUAUGGGCUGAUGCAGGAUUUCCAGGUCAUGAGCAUGGUAUCCGGGUUUGGCCCCCUGAUCACAGCCGGCAUCUUCUCAGCCACCCUGUCCUCGGCGCUGGCUUCCCUCGUCAGCGCCCCAAAGGUCUUCCAGGCCCUGUGCAAGGACAACAUCUACCGAGCGCUGCAGUUCUUCGCCAAGGGCUACGGCAGGAACAAUGAGCCCCUGCGAGGCUACGUGCUCACUUUCAUCAUCGCCAUGGCCUUCAUCCUGAUCGCUGAGCUCAAUGCCAUCGCCCCCAUCAUCUCCAACUUCUUUCUGGCCUCCUAUGCCCUCAUCAACUUCUCCUGUUUCCAUGCUUCAUAUGCCAAGUCUCCUGGCUGGAGACCAGCCUACGGCAUCUACAACAUGUGGGUAUCGCUGUUUGGGGCCGUGCUGUGCUGCGCCGUCAUGUUCGUCAUCAACUGGUGGGCGGCCGUCAUCACGUACGCCAUCGAGUUCUUCCUGUACAUCUAUGUCACCUACAAGAAACCCGAUGUCAACUGGGGCUCAUCCACACAGGCCCUGUUCUAUGUGAGUGCAGUCAACAGCGCUCUGGAGCUGACCACAGUGGAGGACCACGUGAAAAAUUUCAGGCCCCAGUGCAUCGUCCUCACGGGUGAGCCCAUGACCCGGCCAGCACUCCUGGACAUCACUCAUGCCUUCACCAAGAACAGCGGCCUCUGCAUCUGCUGCCAAGUCUUCGUGGGCCCGCGCAAACUCUGUGUGCAGGAGAUGAAUUCUGGCAUGGGCAGGAAGCAGGCCUGGCUCACCAGCAACAAGCGCAAGGCUUUCUAUGCAGCCGUGGCAGCCGACUCUUUCCGUGAUGGUGUCAGGAGCCUCCUCCAGGCCUCUGGCUUAGGCCGGAUGAAACCCAACACACUGGUCCUUGGGUUCAAGAGGAACUGGAGGAAGGCGGCACUGGCCGAGAUUGAGAACUACGUUGGCAUCAUUCAUGACGCUUUUGACUUUGAGAUGGGCGUAGUGAUCGUCCGCAUCAACCAAGGAUUUGACAUUUCCCAGGUGCUCCAGGUCCAAGAUGAGCUGGAGAAACUGGAGCAGGAGAGACUGGCACUGGAGGCAGCCCUGAAAGACCCUGAGGACACUGAGGGUAGCGGUGGGCUCCGUGGACUCUUUCGUAAGGCCGGCAAGCUCCACAUCACCCAACAAGUCGUGAAGAAAGACGUCAGUGUCCAUACGGUCCAGUCCACACCUGCAGGGGAGAUCAACCAGCGGCUGGUGGAGGCCAGCGGCCAGUUCAAGAAGAAACAAGGCAAAGGCACCAUUGAUGUCUGGUGGCUGUUCGAUGAUGGAGGGUUGACCCUCCUCAUUCCCUACAUCUUGACCCUGCGCAAGAAGUGGAAGGGCUGCAGGCUGCGGAUCUUCGUGGGUGGGAAGAUCAACCGCAUCGAGGAAGAGAAGAUAGCAAUGGCUUCCCUCCUCAGCAAAUUCCGGAUAAAAUUUGCGGACAUCCACAUCAUCGGUGACAUCAACGUUAAACCAAACAAAGAGAGCUGGAAGUUCUUUGAAGAGAUGAUUGAACCCUAUCGCCUUCACGAGAGCCGCAAAGAUUUGACAACGGCAGAAAAAUUGAGACGGGAAACUCCAUGGAAAAUUACAGAUUCGGAGAUGGAAACGUUCAGGGAAAAGAGUCUGCGCCAGGUCCGGCUGAAUGAGCUGUUUCAGGAGCACUCCAGAGCCGCCAACCUGAUUGUCCUGAGCCUGCCGGUCGCAAGGAAAGGAACAGUAUCUGAUCUGCUAUAUAUGGCUUGGCUGGAAAUCCUCACCAAGAACCUCCCACCCAUCCUUCUGGUCAGAGGGAACCACAAAAACGUCCUGACUUUCUACUCCUGAAGUCGGCCAGCCUCCGCCCACUCCUGUCUGGCCCAUGGAAACUCUAGAGGGCCGGCAGGCCUCUGACCCGAUACUUUCUUUCUGUGUGUCUUUAGAACAGAGCAAACCCUGAUUUUUCACCUGGCUAGUAGGGACUGAAUCUUUCGCACAUAUCUACCGGUGACAGUAGGGAAGUCAGUGGGGGGAGGGGGGAGGGGUCUGUGCAUAAUGAAAAUAAGCAUAAUCAUUGUUAUAUUUGUUAAGUCCUUACAAAUGUACCUAGCACUGUGUUAAGCGCUGAGAUCGAUACAGGAUAAUCAGA